AUGGCCCUUUUACACUAUACUUUGGAGCAACUGGAUCUGUACCUGAAGUGGGCUUUUGUCACGCAUAGCGAGUCUACCGAGAUCCCUACGACCACUGCUCGCUAUCCGGGCGUCUUUGUGAGCGAUCUUAGCCAGCUGAAUAGCUUCAAGCGGAAUGCCUUCUCUGCCGUGGUGGGCACCUUGUUUGUCCUGGCUUUCACCGGGAACCUGGGUACUCUUUAUGUCAACACCCGAAGAAAGCUGCGUCCCUUCUUUCGGGCUUGUCUAAUAUCCUUAGCCUGCAGUGACCUGGUCUCCACCGUCUUCUGCACGGUGUCCUAUAUGGCGCAGUUUCAGGCACAGUAUCUUCAGCUUUGGACAAUUGGUGGCUUCAUGUGCAAGUUUGUGCCCUUUAUUACCACCACUUCGGUGCUGUCUGGCAGCCUGACUUUGGUGGCCAUCGCCCUGGAUCGCUACUUGGCUGUGAUGCGACCUGUGCUGGGCUUCUGGAAUCCCGACUAUCGCUUUAGCACCCUCUGCAUGCUGCUGAUCUGGGCCUGCUCUAUAGGCGCCUCAGGACCCUUAUUAGGAAUCUAUGACUACCGUCUGAUUUAUCUACUGGAUGUGGAGCGCAAUAAAACUGAGGAGGAGACAACCAGCACAGUUACAGUUGAGCCGGAGGAGCUGGUGGUCACCGAACUGGAGCUGGUCCAUAUGUGCCUGGCCGGGGACCACGAUGUCGGACUCUACUACGUCAUACUCUUCACCCUGAUUUUUCUACCCUGCAUCGUGUCGUUCCUCUGGCUGAAUGCAACGAUAGCCAGGCAAUUGUGGCUUCGCAGGCACUACCACCAGGAGCAACAUGUGCAGAGCCAGGAACCAAAGGAGGGUCAGUUCAAGUCGCUGGGAUCGUCGGGCAAAGGGGAUCUCCUUAUGCCCUCCACGCUGGUCAGUGCCAUGGGAGUAGCUCUACCUUUUGUGCUGGAAAAGGCGGGUCCACUGCCGCAGACGAAUCCUCUACGGGCGGAACCUGUAAGAAAGACCACGGCAGCAGCCAUGGCCAGAGAGGCCAGACAUCGCAAGAUGGUGGUGAUUGUUGUCCUGAUGAUGGCUGUCUUCAUUUGUCUACGACUGCCAGCGUGGGUCUUCCUGAUCAUGCGACUCUAUGGCUCCUAUUCGGAGCCCGUCGACUGGCUGCUCUACUUCAGUUUUGGCAUUUUGAACCUUUUCAGUUGUGCCUUGAAUCCCAUAUUCUAUACCUUCCUCACCCAGACCAUACGCACCGUGUCCCUGAUGAAGCAGAAAAUCCGUGGAUUCUUUGGCUGCAGCAAUGGCAAGCCACAGGAUGCAGCCAUGCCCCUGGAUCAGGUGAACAGGAGCAGCUGCUGCUGCGGCCUGAGGGCGCCCACCUUUAGCUGGCGCUGCUACCAAGCUAAGGAGAAGCAAGGAGCUCCCACCAUCGAGAUAAAGGAUUUGGAGCUGCAGCUGCCCGGCCAGCCAUCGGGCGAGGUGCAGUCGGAGCCGAGUGGCCUGCGGCGGUUCAGCUUCCGGAGCUUCAAGCGCGAGGUGUUCACCAUUUACAAGCAGUGCGAUGACUCGUCGAGUGCGUCAAUCGAGUCCUCCGCCUGA